AUGUCUCAUCUCGAAGGUUCAGAAUGUAUCGAAGCAUUAAUACCAUUUGUUAAAGCAUUUUCAUUUACAUGGUUUAAUUUACAAGCAGCUAAACGUCGCUAUCAAAAACAACAUGAAACACCGAUGCCUAUCGAGAUGGAACGAGUGAUGAAAGAAGAUUUUAUGAAUCAACGGUAUGCAGAUAAAAUAAAAUGGACAGUUCGUAUAUUAGCAAAAUUACGAAAAGAUAUAAAACGGGAAUGUCGGGGAGAUCUUGUUAAAACUAUAACGGAAGGAAAUAUUCAAAGUCCAUGUAUUAUAUCAAAUGCGGAUACAAAAAAUAAGAUGCGUCGUAUUGAUUGUUUACGUCAAGCUGAUAAAGUUUGGCGAUUAGAUGUUGUUAUGGUUGUAUUAUUUCGGGGAAUCCCAUUGGAAAGUACAGAUGGUGAACGAUUAAGUAAAUGUAAAGAAUGUAAAAAUCCUGCAUUAUGUAUUAAUCCAUAUCAUAUUGUUAUACGUGUAAAAGAGCUUGAAGUUUAUCUUGUAAAUUUUAUAAAUAAUGCACAAUCGUCACCGGCAAAUAUCAUUCCAAGUGUAUUCUCUACCAGUGAAUUACAACACAUGGCAACUAAUUCGAUCAGUGAAGGUGGUUCAACAAAAGAAGUACUAGGAGCGGAUUAUCUUGGUUCAAUGUUAAAAAUGGAAACUGAUGAUUAUGCAGAUGCACAACCAAGUUCAGUCACUCAACAACCUGAUCUAUUGAAAAUGUGUCGAAGCAGAAAAACAAGUUCAUCAGAUAGUCCACGUAUAGCUAAACGUCGUCGUACAUUAAAUAAUACAUGUUCUACUGAUGAAGGUGAUAGUCAUGAUCUUAAUGAUGGACAAGCAUCAGCUUAUGAUGUAUAUGAAUCGAAAAUUGCGUCAUCGGCUGGUAAUGAACCUCCAUCAACAUGUCAUAUAACAUCUACCAAUGAUUCCAAUACUUAUUCAACUUAUCAACAACAACAAGAUGAUAUUAAUAUUGCACCAAAAUCAAUUAUAGAACCAAAUAAAAUCGAACCCGUUACACCACGUCCACCAUUUUCUCAAAUUGGUAUUCAUAAUCAUGUAUCACUAAAUCUACAUUUUACCAACCAGCAGCAACAGCAGCAGCAGCAACAACAACAACAACCACAAAUAAAAACUUUAACAUCAUCAUCAUCAACAACUCAAAAAUCAUCGGAUCAAAAAAUUAUUUCCGAACGUUUGAUUGAAACACUUGUUCAACGUUUUAAUGAUACUCAACAACAGCAGCAGCAACAACAACAGCAACAACAGCAACGUGCAUCUUCUCAUCCACAUACGAUUGAAUAUUUUCAUCAAGAACCAUCGACAGAAUCAAUAUCUAAUAAUUCAAAAAUUUCAAAUAAAGUUUUUUCUAAACCCGUAACAACAUCAGCAAUAAAUAUUUUAUCUGCACGAGAAAGACCUAUAACAAGUUCAUUAACAACAACAAGUUAUAAUACAUCUUUUAUACAACCUCAAACAGAUGAGAAAACAAAUUCAAAUAAUGCUAUACGUUUAACAUCAGCAGCUGAUCGAGUUUUACCAGCAUUUCAUACAUUUUCAGAAUUAAAAAGUUAUUUACAAACUAUUGGCUUAGAUGUUGAAUUAGUACCAGCAUCAAAUACAACAACAACAACAACAACGACAACAACAACAUCAGAUGUUCAACAACAAGCAAGAAAUAUUGAUCCUAUUCAACAACGAUUAUCAACAAAUGAACAACAACAACAAUAUCAAAAUCGUUCGAAUACAGUUAAUAUUUCUCAAACACCACAACAACCACAAAUUGUUAUGUUAUCUAAUAAUGAUAAUAAUAGAGGUUCACGAAAUGAUGAUGGAAAAUGUAAUCGAACAAGUUCAAUAAGUGUUCCACCUAAUGUUCUUACAGAAAAAUUACUUGAAUAUGCAUCAAGCACAUCAUCUAUUCGUCAUUCAAAUAUUUUAUCACGUCCAUCAGGCUUAACCUCUCAACUGCAACAACAACGUCGUUCUCCAUCAAAACCACCUAUUGUUUCUGAUAUUGCUAAUCUUUUAUCAGUAUCAAAUAAAGAUCAACCAAUUGUUCAACAAGUAACCCGUCAAACACUUCUUCCACCUCCACCACCACCACCUCCUCAAUCUUCAUCAACAUCAUCUACAACUGUUUAUCAUCAUAUACCUUCUGCUGAUAAAGUUUCAACUAUGGUUAAAGGUGAUCUUAUUCAUGAUGAUGGUCAUUUACAUGAUCGUGAAGUUGAAGAAUAUAUGAAUAUGGCAUCAACUGGUCGUUCAACAAAAUCACGUAAAACAGCAACAGCACAAACAAUCAAUGAUGCAACAACAAAAUCAAUUGUUUUGGAAAGUGGUUCAGCUAGUAAUAGUAAUGAUAGUAAUAUAUCUUCAAUAUCAUCAUCUUCAUCAACAUCAGCUAAUAAUUCUUCAAAUAAUAAUCAUCAUAUAACAUUAACAAAUAGUAUUAAUAAAACAAAAAAUAAUUCGACAAUAUCAAGUCAAGAUUCACGUAAUAUAUGUGAUUUAUUAUUAAUGUUAUAUGAACAAGAACGUACACGAAGUACACAAUUACAAAAACAAAUUGAACAAGUUAGUCGACAACAACGUUCAAGAAAUUCAAGUGGACAAUCACAUUCAAGUGAAUCACAAACUGGUUUAGAAACACCACAAGGUACAACAAAUGGAAAUACAAAUUCAACACGAUUAUUAAGUCCAGCAGCAUGGAUAUCAACAACAGGAAAAGAUAAAACAUCUGUACAUAUACAACAAAGUCAUCAUCAAACAUUAAAAUUUGAUUCAUCAACAUCAAUUAAUGGUUCACCACCUGAAUCACAAGAUUGUUCACCACCUGAUCCAAACAAAAGUGGUUUAAGUCCAACGAAAGUUGUACAAUUUUCACAAUCAAUUGGUUCAGCACAAAAUCUCAUUCCACGUCCAGUACCUAUGCUAGCAACGAAUGAUGGUUUUGUACGUCAUACAUCAUCAUCAUCGUCGUCAUCGCAUACAGCUACACCAACUGGACCAAUGAGUUCAUCAAAUAAUGGUGUUCUUUAUACACCCGGCAAUCGAAUUUUUCAAAGUCCACUUGGACAGGCAUUUGCGGCAUUAAGUCCUGCUCUUAGUCCAUUUUUAUCACCAUCAACUAGUCGUGCUGGUACACCAAGUGAAUUAACAAUAAUUCCUGCUGAUUUACUCAAUGUACUGAAUAGUCGUAUUUGGAUUGAAGAUGAAUUAUUACAAGCAUUUGUUAAUCAUCUAGAUUCUGGUGGAGUAGGUUCAGGUCGUCGAUCAAGAGUUAAUAAUGAAGAACCUAGACAACCAGGAAAACCAACGAAUGUGUCAAAUAAUAAUAAUAAUAAUAAUGGUAAUGGCAAAGCCAAGAGUAUUGAAAAAUAA